AUGACUGGCAGUCAUGAUCUACCCGAAGUACCACGAUCCGAACCUAUCUUCUUCUCGCCGUCCCAUGAGAUUCCUUCUUCUCCUCCCUCAAUAGCCUCCGAGGCUGGGGUACGACACAAGCCCAAGAAACCUCCACCAGUCACCCCUCGGUCAUUCAGACGAUUCUUCACGCCCCGUUCAUUGCUGGAUAGUGGGAGCAAUGGCGGCGCUGUCAGGACUAGUCGUCAAGCUCUUCGAGCUCUCAGCUCUCCGGCAGUCAAUCGACUGGGCCCAGCGUUCACGAGAACUUUGAAAGCUGUGAUGAGCAGACCUGAUCCCUCCGAAAUUCUGCGGACACCAAGCAAGAAACGAAAGCUCUCGUUUUCGUCAAUUGGGUCCCCUCUCCAAUCAUCGCCGUUACGGAAAGUCCGUAUCAGGGGCUUGGUUGAGGAAGAUGAAGAGCUUGAGGUGCCUGUGAAAGAGAUCAAUAUGAACUCUGGAACGCGGAGAGAAGAAGAGGAACCCGCACCGCCUGCUAGGACACCGCUCAAGGUUUCCCCGGUCCAACGGUCCAGGGCACUGGAGACCUCAGGAGCCCUCUUCAUGCGCAGUGUUCUCGGCGCUCGGGUAAACCGGGUGACUAUGCGAUCAAAUUCCGGCGCUGGCUGGCAGGACUUGACCUCAUCGUUCUAUUCUCGACCUGAAGAUAGUCACACUUGUACAAGCUCGUCGGGUGAUCGGCUCGCACUCCCUUUUUGUACCGCAUCAUGCAACACAAACACCCUCGUGGCUGUUGGAGACGAAGAAGGUGGAAUUCGGUUGCUGGAUUCUGCAAAACACGAUAAAGCCGGGUUCUCAAAGGCAUACCUAACAUUUCGUCCGCACGCCAACGCAAUCAUGGAUCUGGACUUCUCAUCGGACGACAUGCUGCUUGCAACAGCUUCGGGUGACCAAACCGCCAUCGUCGUUGACAUGGCCACCCAAAAACCAGUAUACUGCUUGUCGAGCCACACUUCAUCCCUGAAACAAGUGAAAUUCCAACCUGCGGCCAACAAUAAAGUCCUUGCGACUUGCAGUCGCGACGGCAACGUUAACAUCUGGGAUCUCCGGUGUAAGGGAUUUGAGAAACCUUCUUUACAGGUUCAGUGCUCCCUUGAGUCUGAGACGGAACCCAAUCCUUCCUUGUCGUCGAAAAUGAGCUAUCCACAAGUCUUCAAUACUGUCCAUGGUGCGCAUGCCUGGAUGCCUCAAACUAUGGCCGCCGACAAACCCGAGCCCAUGGUACCGCGCUCCGAUAUCACAGUUACUUCACUCGCAUUCCUUCCCGAUGGCCGGCAAAACCUCUUUGUCACCGCUUCUGAAGCCAAUGCAUGUGUACGGUUAUGGGACCUGCGUACAGCGCAUAGCAAUCGUCGCGGUCGUCCUGCCCUUCCUCUUGCCACCACUCGGGAACCAGAUAGUCACGUCAAAUACCGCCGGUUUGGAGUUACAGCUAUGACACUAGGUGGCGAUGGCUCAAGAUUAUACUCGCUGUGUCGGGACGGCACAAUAUAUGCCUACUCCACUUCUCAUCUAGUCCUUGGUCACGCUCCAGAACUCUCUUUGAACAACGACCGUCCACGACGUUCGGGGGGGCCCGAUAAGGAGGGCCUUGGACCUCUGUAUGGCUUCCGUCACCCCAGCCUACGGGUUUCCUCGUUCUAUGUCAAAAUUGGCGUCCGCAAGGCCGCUGGUGACAAACCAGAAAUGCUGGCGGUUGGAAGCGGCGAGCCUUGCCCUGUCAUAUUCCCCACCGAUGAAAGAUUUCUCGACUCUUGUGCUCAAAAGCAAAUCCAAGCGGACCAAUCACCGAGGACACCUUCCUUCUCUCCUCGCUCAGGCCUGCGCCGUACCAACUCCAAUAUUGGCCUGUCAGGUCGCCUAGAAGACGCUAUCCCGAUAUACAAUACCGGCACACCACUCAUAGAAGGCCACAAAAAGGAGGUCUCGGCCGUGUCGUGGACAGUCGAUGGCGAGCUAGUCACAGUCAGCGAUGAUUACAGUGCCAGAUGUUGGCGGGAGGGUCCCCAGGCACGAGACCUGCGUACAAGUGAAGAAAAUGAUGCUCACAGAUGGCGAUCUGGCUGGGCUGCCACGAAAGAUUCAUAUGAUGACGAAGAUGAAUGA